AUGGGCUCGUCCCUAGAAGCACAUGAGGAGAGGGCGUCGAGCGACCACGAAGAUAGCAUACAAUCAGCCAUGGAGAUCGACGAGGAGAAAAGAAUAGGGUUGGAUGACACCAGAUACCAGGCAUCACUAGAGGAGGAAGUUGAACCGACAGUAAGAGGACGAAGUCAACGUAGACCAUCGCAUGACAACAGGAGUCUGAAGACGGUCAGAUCACAGCACUCAAGAGCUGGAGGAGACGGCUACACAUGCUUUGAUGCAGAGGCAAACGACGAUCGACCGAACAAGUUCAAAGCCGGGGCUAUCACUGGAGAGCCGUAUCUGGUUGCGUGGGAUGGCGAUGCUGAUCCGCUGAACCCUCGCAAUAUGACCAAGUUUAGACGCUGGGCUAUCGUUCUCAUCUGUAGUGCGAGCUCGCUGUGUGUGACUUGCACCUCAUCGUUAUAUACGUCAACGUAUGGCCAGAUCAAGCCCGAAUUCGGAGCUUCGCGUCUCGUCUGCACACUCGGGCUGUCUCUAUUUGUGGCCGGCUUGGGGACGGGGCCAAUGGUUCUCAGUCCCCUUUCUGAGUUCUAUGGCCGACGACCGAUCUACAUUUGCUCGUUCACCUUCUUUCUCAUCUGGAUGAUUCCUUGCGCAGUUGCACAGAAUAUUCAAACUAUGCUAGUGGCUAGGUUUCUCGACGGCCUUGCAGGCUCAGCCUUUCUCAGCGUGGCUGGCGGCACCGUAGGCGACAUGUUCGCAAAGCAUGAGCUAUCGGCUCCUAUGAUGGUGUACACUGCCUCCCCUUUUGUUGGUCCAGAGAUCGGCCCGCUGAUUGGAGGAUUCAUCGUAGAGCAUACUACGUGGAGAUGGUGCUUCUACGUGCUCAUCAUCUGGUCCGGCGUUCAGCUUUGUCUGAUCAUCUUGUUUGUGCCUGAAACGUACCACCCAGUCCUUCUUCGCAGGAAAGCGAUUCGACUACGAGAAGAAACUGGCAACCAAGAAUGGAUCGCGCCGAUUGAGAAGAUGCACCGAUCUGUUGCUAAGACGGUGCUUUGGUCCUGCAUCAGGCCGUUUCAACUGCUGUUCUUUGAGCCAAUGUGCUUGAACCUCUGCAUCCUGUCUGCCAUUCUGUUGGGCAUCAUAUACCUAUUCUUCGGCGCCUUUCCGCUAAUUUUCCAAAAUAACCACGGGUUUAGUACUGCCCAAGUUGGCCUUGCAUUCUUAGGCCUUCUUGUAGGUAUGGUGACGGGUAUCUGUACCGAUCCAAUCUGGAGAAGGAUCUACGGCAGGCUCGUGCGGCAACGCGAGGAGCAAGGGGGCGAGCCUGGUGGUUCAGAGCCAGAGUUUCGGCUUCCACCAACUAUACUGGGCGCUUGGGUCGUUCCCCUUGCACUGUUUGGGUUUGGAUGGACCACGUACUCGUCUGUGAGUUUAUCAUGCUUGAUGGCAAUGGUGUUUCCGGGGCUAACAUCCUGGUCUUUGCUCCUGGGUACAAAGAUUGACCUCGCCGAACAGUACCCUGUCUACGCUGCAUCGUCGCUCGCUGCCAACAGCUUCGCGCGGUCGUACCUGGCGGCAGCGUUUCCCUUGUUUGGGGUUCAGUUGUAUAACCAUCUGGGCUACCAGUGGGCAACGACACUGCUUGCGUUCCUAGCCCUCGCCAUGGCCCCGUUCCCAAUACUCUUCUUUCGAUACGGCAAGCGGCUCAGGGGCAACAGUCGCUAUGCGUCCGCAUAG